UGGCCGCCGGCGACUCGGCGGUGGUGUUCCUGGAGACGAGCCUGGGAACCCGCUUCGCCGUCUCCUUCCCCUCCCGCGGCACCACCGUCGCCGACCUCAAGCGUGCGUGCCUCUCCGUCACCUCACCUCCCCCCUCCCCGAUUGCAACAUUGAUCUCCCCCCUUCCGUUCUUUCUCUGUAUAUAUCGUCUCCCAAUUUCCGCGGUUUGGCCGAACUCGAAUCGGAACCGCAACACCUCGAAUUGGACAGGCCUACUGAGCGCCCAGCAUUCCGCGUGUUUCCCCCGGACGGGGCCAAUCGCCGUCACGUCCUUGCAGGUUAAGAGAGAUGGUUUCUGUUACGUUCUCUCCGACCCUAUGGAUGUGUAAGCCGCAUUCCGUGGGGUCGAAGGAACCUGGCACCUCCGGGUCGAGGCCAACCAGCUUUCUCCUCGCCCGAUUACUCGCAGAGAUGCCAAGUUUGGUGCAGGCAACGCUGAACAAAGUGCCAGCCACCCCAUUGCUGAGAAAUCCACGCAGAACAUGUUGCCUGGGGUGCCUGUGCCUCAAGGAGGUGGCAAUCUUGCUUUAUAUGGCAGUGGUAACCCACCAACGAAUCAGGAAUUUCUCAAGCAUGCUGGUGGCAGCAGUGUCAGUCUGAAGAUGCAAGUACCAUGCAUCAACAAAGUGCAGGUCCUGAUUUAGUAGCAGGUGGCUCUCACACACCACCAACGAACCAUCUGGAUGGACCGCAGGAGUGUCCUCAGCAUGCCUCCGGCCAGUGUGAAGAUGUAGCAGCAUGUGGCAGUGAUACCACACCAAUGAGCCACCUGGAUAAACCUCUCGAAGGUCUUGAUCAUGUUUCCGGUCAGAACAUGUUGCCUCUUGGGGUGCCUCAAGGAGGUGGCAAUCUUGCUUUAUGUGGCAGUGGUAGCCCACCAACGAAUCAGGAAUUUCUCAAGCAUGCUGGUGGCAGCAGUCAGUCUGAAGAUGAAAAUACCAUGCAUCAAGAAAGUGCAGAUCUUGAUUUAGCAGCAGGUGGCUCUGACACACCACUGACGAAUCAUCAGGAUGGACCGCUGAAGUGUCCUCAGCAUGCCUCCGGUCAGUGUGAAGAUGAGGACACCAUGGACCAACAAGUUUCAGGUCGUGAUGUAGCAGCUUGUGAGAGUGAUAUCCCACCAAUGAGCCAGCUGGAUAAACCACUUGAAGGUCUUGAUCAUGUUUCCAGUCAGAGAAAAGAUAAAAAUAGCAUGCCUCGACAAAGUUUAGAUCCUGUUGUAGCAGGAUACGACAAUGGUCCUGUUGGGGUUCAACGAAAAGACAUAAUUAAGGAGACAGGAGGAAAGAAACGCUCUAGGGAGGAAGAUGAAAACGGUGAAAGCACUGUUGUAGAUCAUGAUGGCUGCCUCACCUCGCUUGCUACCUCCACACUUGCUGGGGGUAACGGAAGUGAGCAAGAAAAUUUGGGAUUGCUUUAUAAUCUUGAAGAUCAUUCACAUGGUUUGGGGGAAAUCUCUCUUUUGGCCAGAAGGAACCAUGGACACACAGGGUGUGCAAUGGUGAAAGCAGCAUCGGCGGAUCAGAUAUUGCAUCUUGUUUGGAGUCCAUAGAAAGAGAGAAUCCUUCAGACGAAGUGAAGGCACAUAGAAGUAAGGAGAAGGAACCACAGAGUGAAAGCAGCUGGAAAGGAACAGACUUUCUACAUGGUGUCGAGUCCAUGAAAGAAGACAGCAGGAGGCUGACUUCCAGUGUCCAUCAUUUCGACGAAGGGGAAUUCGAAGGGUCCCCAUCAGCUGUUAUCGCUGAACAUGAGGCAUGUUUCCUAAGAAGAAAACGGAGGGUUGCAGUGCGAAAAGUUCCUAUGAGUAUGGCAAGAAAGAUAUGUGCUUUCAGGUAAAUAUACUGUUUUCUUGAGACAUCAUGUACUCUUGCCCCGUUUCUUGCUCGCCGUUGAUUUCUUUGAGAUUCAGUUUCUUCUCUGACUACGUUGGUAGUGAGCUUAUCCUGCGAGACGUCAUUUAGGUGACGUUCGUGUCGCGGAUUCCUUUCUGGUUGAUCUUCAUCUUUGCCUUCUUGCGCAACAACAAGGGCGAAGAGUUUCCGUUCCAAAGAAUAGCUUCCUAAACUUGACGUGAUGAUCUCUAUGGAGCUGUCUUCUUCGUAGAUGGGCGACAGAGGGUUUCCCUCCUAGUACGGGAGGGUAUCGAGGUAGGCGAUGAGACGUGACUCGUCAUCCUUGGCAAGAGCGGGUAGUUUCGUAUUGGGUCAGUAGACGAAUCUGCCUUGUGAGUUGAUGUAAUCACCAUGCCCUGUUGUGAACCUGAUAAUGGAGUCUUCUCAUCCGGAUCCGAGUAGUAGUUGAGGUUCUCGAUCAAAUCCAAGUUGAAUUGUGAUCUGGACAUGGUAGCUUGGUAGAUAGCAUCCGAGUUUCGGAAUCCAAAUGGGAAUCGACUUGGGUUGUAGACCGCACGAUGGCUUAAGCACCAGUUCAUGGGAACCAGUCUGACUAGCGGGAGAAGUCGAGUUGAACUUGGACUCGUCCUCCCUGCCUCUAGAGAGGUUAGAAAUUGAAAAUUUGUCAAAUUUCUCGACGAGAUCCUCCAGAGCUUGGCGCUGAAGGUUGAUGGCGUGCUACUUCUUUUCCAGAGCUGGUGCAAUGUGGCGGUGGAAGUUUCCAGCGCCGUCCGCGACGCAAACCUAAGAGCCGAAGAUGAAUGUUACGCCUGCUUCGAACGCGACGGUAGGCUUGAUGAUGACUUGAGCCAUUCGAGUUCGCCGGUGAAUUCUCAGCGAGAUCCCCUACCUGGC